UACCAUGUGCUUGAUUGUUAAUUACUUUUUCAUUUGUUUGUAGAAAUAAGUAUUAGGAAGAUGCUGACUUAAUUUCAUGUGUCUCAUAAUUAUGGUUAUCGAGAAUUUUCGAUACAAAUUUGCCCUACCUCACAAUUUCCUACGGAGACCCGAGCGCGCGCUCCAGUCUUGCAUAUUAAAUCUCUGACUGAUUUUCAAGAAUCGUUCUUCGAAAUCGACACGCAACGAACUGUGGCAGAGCGAUGCCGCUGCUACGAAGAAAAGAGUUUAUUCCGGAGAAGCCUCCUGUCGAUUUAGAUCCCGACGAGGAAGUAUUUUGGUGCCCAUUAACGAAUGAAAUAUUUAGAGAAUACGAUGAGUUUUUUCAGAGAACAAUCCUGUGCAACAGUUUAGUAUGGUCGUGCGGGCUCACAGGAAGGCCAAAUUUAACGUAUCAAGAAGCAGUAGAGAGUGAGGAAAAGGCUAAAAAACACCUUGCAAGUUUCCCAAGCUACCUCGAAGCACCGAUACUAUUCAUUGCUUCACUAACUCGUCGAGGUCGGUUAGUCGAUAUGUGUGAUGAUGUGUUUGUGUUUAGCCGUGACCGCUUCUACGUUGGUGAAAUUGUAGAGGUGAAGAAAGGAAGCACAUGUGAAACAUGCCGUAUAGUUGAAGUUAUUGCACCAAGUGCUAAUGGAGCAUCUAAGGAAAAUGUUGUAAUUGACCUGACCGAGGACGAUGAUGAGGAUGAUGUAGUGGUGAUCGAAGACGAUUCACAAGACAAAUUAAGUUUAAAGCCAAAAGCACAAAAAAGAGAAAUACUUGACCCCAAGGUGUAUGUGUACAGUGUUGUUCCAACUAAAGGAAAUUUAGUCCAGUUUGAUGUCAAAUGCAGUCAUAUAAGUCGUCGGAAAGGUCUUUAUACCAGAGACAAGAAUAAACUCUAUCUGAGACAGCAUUGUGAGAUCACUGCCUCCCACUGGACUGUAAAGCCGAAGUACAUGCAGAAGUUUAAAUUACAUGAAAGGCAAUUUAGUUCGUUCUUCUCUGGACCACUACCAGAUUUUAAGUUCACAAUGGCCAAGAAGGCUCCGGCAGGAAGCAAGAAUGUUAGCGGGAAUAAUUCAGUGAGCAAGAAGAAAUCAUUAAGUCCAAAACCAGCUAAGAAGACCCCAGAAGGUAAAAGAAAAAAGAAAAGCAAAAAAGAGAAACCAAUUGAAACACCACCCGAAAAGAAGGUAAAUUUAACAGCAGAAGAAAGAGCAGCAUUGAAAGAGAAGAUGAGGAUUGACAAAAUGAAGAUGAAAGAACAGCAACUAGCAAUUAAAUCAGCAAUGAGAGAAGCCAUCAAGAAACAGAGAGCUGAAGAAAAAGCAGUGAAGAAAGAAGAAAUGAAGAAGGUAUUAGAAGAAACGAGAGAAAAGAAGAAAAUAGAACGAGAAAGAGAACGUGAGCAGAAGAAAGAAGAGAGACGACAGAGGGAGGAGAUCUUUAAGGAAUGGAGCAGGCCAAGGGAUGAUUUAGAAUUAGAUGAUCUAAAGGAGCUACCCCAGCCUGUAGCUGUUAAAAGUCAAAUUCCUGAUCAUCUGUUUGGAGAUGUUUUAAUGCUGCUAGAAUUUUUGUAUGUAUUUAGUGAGGAGCUUGCUGUCACUGAAGAAUACCCAGAUGGUGUCAAUUUACACAUGUUAGAACAGGCUGUAUUGGAUAAAGCUGUUGAUGGUGCAUUGUAUGAUCUUGUCAAAUUUUUACUGAGGGCUAUCUUCAAGAUGCAGGAAGAUGAAGAGGAGGAUGAGAAGAUUGAUCUGAAGGAGCAAGGAAUGGAGGCACCAUCAGCCGACUUGGCUGAGAGUCUAGAUGACGAUGUUGACCCUACUUACGCAGAACUAACUGCUGCCAGCACGGCUGCACAGUCUUGGCCUCUCAUACAUCAUGGUGCCACACUCAGGAUGUUGCCAAUAGAACCAACGACUUGUUCUGAAGUGCUUCGACUUCACCUGUUGGUAUCAGGGGCAAGAACUCGACCUGCCAACCUCAAGUGGAGGUACCAGCAGCGUGGAGGAUAUAUACCACAUGAUGACCCCGGCUUAGAGUUCAGAAUGCAGGAACCAGGAAUUCUGAGAACACUAACUCAUGGAAAUUUAUAUGAUCUUAAUCCAGAGGAAAAGCUGAAAAUUUUGACAACACUCUGCCACCAGCUGAUUACGUAUGUGACCAUUAGAGAUAUCAUUGAGGAGAGCUAUGAGACGUGGCAGGAGAAACGAAAAGAAUGGAAAGAAAUGCAGCGUCUUGAGAAGAAACGUGAGCAGGAAGUUUCCUCCCUCAGAUUUCGCAAAAGACAAGAAGCCAGAGUCAUGCUUAGGGAGAAGCAGAAGUUGUUGCGGGAACAGAAACAGUUGACUCAGAUUAACACAUUGAAACAAGACGAGAAGCAUCAGAGUGGGGCUGAAGACGACAGUGAAGAUGAAGACCAACCAUUAGCAAGUCUCAAACUGCAGAAGGACAAGUCAGUAGAGGAAACUCCAGAUUUAGAUAAUAGUUUAGAGCCAGAAAUUACUGCAAUUAAAGAAGAAUUAGAAGUACAAAGAAAACAAGAGGAUGAAGAAGAUACAUUGAAAAAAGAGGAAUUUAUUCAAAAAGACAAAAAUUUAAGGGAUGAAGUGUUUACACACUCUACCAAGUACAGUGUCAGUCCGAUUGGCCUUGAUCGUGUGUUUCGUCGCUUUUGGGUCUUCCGUUCCAUCUCGGGAAUAUUUGUUGAAACAGAAAAUUUGAAUCUUUUAGACUUGCAACCAGUAGAGCGAAGUCCAAAGGGCAACCCUUUUCAGGAGAGUACCCUAAAUGAAUUGGAAUCUGAAGACAAGGAUAUGGAUACUCUUGAACAUGAUAAUUCUACCGCCAGUGACAAAGAGAACAUUGAAUUAAAUGGACAUGCAAAUAUAAAUGAAACCGAAGAAACACAAAAUGAUGUUGAUUCAAAGGAACUAAUUAUGAAUGGGAUUGUGGAGGAUGUUAAAAAACCUGUAACCCAAGACAUCUCUGUGACAAAGAUGUCACAGUCAUGCUGGUCGUUUUACAGCCAGCAGGAAGAAAUCCAUGCACUCAUAGAAUCAUUAAACCCUCGUGGUUAUAGAGAAGGAACUUUGAGACGAUCUCUCCAACGAGAGAUGGGUCACAUUGUUGAUAGAUUAAAAGAUUUCCCAAUGACCGAGGUCAUGAGCUCGAACUCUGAUAAUAUGGAGACAAGUUACGAGGAACAAAAGGGACCAAAGAUGCAGCAGGUAGUUGUUAAGCUUGCAGGUGGGAAGAAAGGGUUGAUGUCUGUCAAUGCUGAUGGUGCAGAAUCGUUGGAACUUGGCCUACGAGAGCAGUUAUUGGAGCUUGAGGAUAGGAUAUGGCAAGGAGGCCUAGGCUAUUGUAGGGUGGAAAAUAGACAGGUAUGGGCAGACAGUAUAAGUCAUGGCUCGUACGAUAAACAAUGCAAAGAGAUCUCAUGGGGUCCAGAUUGGAGUAAAUCUAAACUUGAUAUCGAUUUUCUAAACAUGUCAUCCGCUGACUUAUCGUUCCCUGAGGAAAAGAAAAACACUGCAAAUAAAUGCAAAGAUAGAGUAACCGAGUUGAAACAAGCUGAAGGCACCCCAGUAAAUGGUGAAAGUACUCCAGCUGCCUGCUCUACCAGGUGCAGUACACCUGUGAUCUUUGACAAUGACCAGGUGGUCCGAGAUCUUGCUUGCGCACUCCUUCAAAUCUCCCAGGGUGUUGAACCGAAGUACCUGAUGCAGCCACUAGGUUUUACUGAACCGCCCUCUAGAGGAGGAUAUUCAGCAACAAGAAGAGCUAAGAAACUUCAAGAAGAGAGAGAGCAACAGAGGAAAGAACAAGAGGAGGAUGAUGACAAGCCAAAGAAGACUACUAGGGAAUGUUGGGAAGAGUCCCUCAUGCUUUCCACAAGCUUCUCGCAGGUUUUCUUGCACAUGUCGACUCUAGAGCGUUCGAUCAUCUGGUCCAAGUCUAUCCUGAACACUCGUUGCCGAAUCUGUAGGCGCAAAGGCAACGCGGAACAAAUGUUGCUGUGUGAUGGCUGCGAUAGGGGACAUCACAUGUACUGCUUGAAACCGCCACUUAAGAAUGUACCAAAAGGUGACUGGUACUGUAAAGAUUGCAUUCCAAAAGAAGUUCUAAGAAGCCCACGAAGACGCAGAUCUACUGUAGAAAGUAGGUCAGAAAAGGAAAUGGAGGAGAGCGAAGAAGAGGAGGAGGAGGAGGAAGAAGAGGAGGAUAGUGAUGAUGGGGAGGAAGAAGAGAGUGAGGAGGAAAGUGAAGAGGAGGAAGAAGAUGAUGAGGAAGAAGAGAGUGAGGAGGAGGAAGAAGAGGAGGAGAAGGAACAGGAAGAGGCAACAACUGCUGAAGUAGUUGCAGAAGACAGUGACAGUGAAAUCAUCUUCAAAGAGGAUGGUUGGCAUGAUGCCGUCUGUCGUGACUGCGGGCACGGGGGAAAGCUAAUUUAUUGUGAUAACUGCCCGUCAGCCUACCAUUCCGAAUGCCUUGAUAUGGCGUCCGAUUCAGUGACGGCCGAAUGGGUUUGCUCCGAAUGCCUAGCCAAUGGUGAUGAAGUGUCAGAUCACGAAGAUCUUUGUAGUAGCUGUCAUCAUGGAGGUGAAUUGAUUUGCUGUGACAGUUGUCCAUUAGCAUUCCACCUUGAGUGCUUAGACCCGCCAUUGAGCAAGGUUCCAAAGGGAGACUGGAAUUGUUCGGAGUGCCGAGGAAAACAGAAAAAAACACCACAACCGCAACCUAAAGGGAAAGCACAGUCUAAAGGUAAAAGCAAACCAAAGGCAUUCAAUUUACGUGUACUGAGCCAAGUGGAGGCUGGUAGUGACUCUGACAGCAGUUUCUCGCACAGUUCUCGUAGUGCCCGUGCUGCUGCAAGAUUACGCCGUCGCGAAUCUACCGGCUCUGAAAAAUCUGCAGACGAAGAAACUCCACAGCCAAGCAGACGAACACCGAGAAAUCUAUCCAAAAAAUUGUCCUCUGCCACAGCAGAUUCCAGUGAUGACGAGACACCGGCAAGAACAUCACGGAACACAAGAGGGAGUAAACGAUCCAGUUUGGUUGAAUCAGAAUCAGAUCUAUCAUUCACUGGCAACUCCAGGAGGAAUUCAAGGCAAGGAAGUGCUCAAAAACGUAAGCAGACGUCACAGACAUCGCCUGAGAAACCAGAAAAGUCGAGGAAGACAAAUGAUAAAGGAAAGAAUGUAAAGAAAAUUGAUAGGAAUAAAAAACUGAUGAAUGGAGGUGGAUCCAGUGCUGAUGAAUCAGACUCCGAAAAUACAACACCGCCACGGCGCUUGUCCGUCGGACGUCGAGGCAAUGAGGAUUCCCAGCAAAUGAAGCUAUGUGAGCAGCUGUUUGCUGAACUCCGCAAACAUCCUGAAGCUGGUCCAUUUAUGGUAGCUGUCAGCAAGAAAAGUACUCCAGACUACUAUAAAAUCAUCAAGCGACCUAUGAACUUUCCAGUAAUCUGCGAUAAAUUCAAGCUUUUCCAGUACACCAGCCCAACAGAAUUUAUAGCUGAUGUUAGGCUAAUAUUCACGAAUUGUGAACAGUAUAACCAACAAUGGACAGAUGAGUACAAGAGAAGCCGAAUCGUCUCGCAAUUUUUUGAAAAACGUCUUAAAGAAGUUGGUCUGAAAGUUUCCAGUGGUAAACGCGAUUCAUUAGACUCGGAUUCUGGUUCCACCAGUAAAAGGCCACGCCGAUUUUGAAGCCAUGGCUUUGUAUUUCUGCGAUUUUGAUACUGUACAACCAAAUUGUAAGCACCUUACAUAGAUAAUAUAUCACCGCUCAAGCCAAAAAUAGUUUAUAUAAUGCUUUUUAUAUGGAAGUUUACUUUUCAAGUCGCACGUCUAUCCAGCUGAAUGAGUGUCUGUGUUGGAAUUGAUGUAUUCAUGGAGUGUUGAAACUGGUGUGUCCUAUUUGAGCAAUGCUACUACAUCUCUAUGUGCCGAAAACAGAAUACUCACUGGCUUGCCUUGCGUUGACAAGGACUAUUUUUGUCUCGAGGGGGCAGUAUUUAUGACAUUCCAAUUGAUUUUAUACCUCAUGUUUCUUUUUUGUUUUUCCUUGAUCGAAUUUCAGAGCUUUUAUGUCAAUACGUGUUGCCAUUGGUAACAUAUAAGUAUAUAUUGUUUUGGCAGAAAUUGAUAAACAGGAAAUUUAUGAAAAUUUGAAAAUUGGCUGAUAAUAAUGUUUUGGCUAAACAUGCAUUGUUACUUUUCUUUCCACUGUGCCUUUAAGGACUUAAUAUAUAAGUAAAACACUAAAUGUCGCCUAUAUGUCAAACUUGAUUUGUUCAGUGAUACUAGGGGCUAAAUGGGUAGAUUACCAGGGGGUUAGAUUAGAAGUUAAUUACUGUAGAGGAUUACAUGUGCAGCUAAAUGUGUGCCUAACUAGAGGGCUGCAUAUUUAGUUAAAUAGAGAGCUGUGUAUGUACUGUACCUAACUAAAUGGUGGGUGGGCAUGUAGCAAACUAGAGGAUAGCAUACAGAUGUAGCUAAUGGGAGGGCUGCAUGUGUAGCUAACCAGAGGGUGCUACAUAUGUAGCUAGGGAAGGGCGUGGCAUAGGUAACUAAGGAUUGCAUAGGUAGUAGCUAAAUAGAAGGCUACAUGGUAGUUAAUUAGAGGGGUGCAUAGGUAAGUACAUAGAGGUUGCAUAUGUAGCUAACUAGAGGCUGCAUAGGUAACUAAUGAGAGGGCUGCAUUUGGUAACCAAGUAGAGGGCUAUAUGUUUAGCUACAGCAUCUACUGUGACAGCAUAGACAAAAAUUCACAUAGACUAUUAAUUAGAUAUGUAUAGAUAACUAAUCCUGCCUAGGCAAUAUGAAACUUAUACCAAAGACACUAGAAAUACAAGAUACUCUCUCCACAGAAAAAAAAAACUAAUAUUACUGAAUUGUAUGAUGAGUAAAAAACUAAGUUUGUUUAUUUUCCAGCUGUACACAUCACCCCAUUAAAUGAGGUGCCGCAUAUGGCUGGAAAUAAAGAAACUUACCGGUAUGUAAAUUGUCAUUUUCGUAAAUAGAACGGCGCGGUGUAUGUCUGGGAAGGCGUAAUAAAUGUAGGGCGUAUUUCUGCUUUACUCUUACUAUGUGAGAGUUUCUAGUAUCUUUGCUAAUACAGUACAGUACAACAGAGAGGAAUUGCAUUAACAGAUUAGUGACAUAUAGUGUUGUGUCAUAUUUGUUACUGAUGUCUGUAUGAUUUGGUUUCAAUUAAAAAUUAUUACAGUAUUGUCUAUUCCAUUUUUGAGAUCACACAAUAUUUAUAUUUCAUUGUGUCUACCAAUUGUAUCUAUUUUAUUAAAUGUUAAGAUUAUGUUUCGUACCCUCCGUAAUUGAAUGAGAGCUAACAAAGACAAUUAAUUACGCAGUUGUAUGACAUGUUGAGGCUUGGCUUCUCCAAAGUUUGCAGGCUCAGGAAGUAUGAAUUUGUCUGAAUAAGUCUUCUUGAAUGCUGUAUGCUUAAUAUCAAAGGUCUGUAUAAGGUUUAUUGAGGGAUGGUAUUGUAAUCAAGACUUUUUAGUGUGUGUACAAUGCUGUAUACAGAAAAAGUAUUUUGAGAUGUUAUUAGCUCGGAGUAUGUUUCGAUUUAUGAUAAAAUUGUAAAAAAUACAGCUAGGGAAUAGUACUAUUAGAACUAUGCACUGUAUAUUAAGGGAAAGUAAUAAAGUUAAUUGCAACGAUUAGGAAUAAUAUUGUAUGCUUAAGGGGGAAUAUUCGUGCCAACAAAAUUGGAUAUUUUUUCCUAUUUUGUGAUCUUCAAUUCAUUUUUAAAGGCAGUUUAGUUUGGAAAGAACUACUCCAUUGCAAAGAGGGCAAUUCAGUGAUUUUGUAAAUAAUUAGUGCUACCAUUAAUAAAAUAUUUCCUUUGUACCUAUGA